AUGUCUACCACCACCUACCUCUCCAACAACGCGGUCAAACAGGCAAUCGACCAACUCCAGCCUCACCAUCCCGGCCGCAACACCUCCAUCCUCGGUGUCUGGAAUAGCAUCCUCACCACCCAAUUCCCCACCUGGCAAGGCUACAUAACCAGCCCCCGCGAGCACGGCUGGUUCAACGAGCGGGACCUAUGGUACGACCUACAAGUCCAACACGUCCGCAACAACAGCUCCAACCUGUUCCUGGUGGUGAUCUGCCGUACCGCCUCAGACCACGCCAGCGCCAACGCCAACGAGGGUCUGGACCAGUGGACCGUCCAUUUGGAGCUGUACCUGGACACGAUCUUCGGCAAGCGGCGCCGCCACGGUCGUCCCGUGCGGGUGUACGGGGUGAUUGCGCAUGGGUUGGAGGCGACCUUCUUCACUUACGAUGUUGGAGAUGAUCUUCCCAUGUUGAUCUGUCGGGAGCAUGAUAUGGAUGGGAAGCCGGCUUAUCAUUUGGUGAACGAUCAUCAGAUGAUUCAGACUCUCCUUGAUGCUAUUCGGGUUCGUCACUAG